AUGCCCUCCUUUUUCAACUCAAAAGCCAAGGCUGAAGGGAGAUCGACACUCAGCGCCGAUGAGAAGGCCGUGCGCAAGUCUUUCUCCCGCGGAGGCUUGGCCAAACUUCGAGGAGUAUCAGACAGCACACCGCCGGUGCCGCCCACGCCAUCGCUGCCAUCUCCUGCCAGGCAAGAUGGGCACGAUACGCAACGCUUUGCCAUGAAUCUCACGGAGCCUUCGCGAUCCGGUGUCCCCACUUCGACUUCUGAGCGAUGGAGACGACCGUCUCUUACGCCUCAAAGCAAUCUCUUUGCGUCCGCUUCCGCCGUGGACUGCACCACGGCGACUUUGGAUGCAUGCGACCGCGGCGCUCACGGCGGCAGCGACACGCUGCAACCACCCCAGCCCGCCUUUCUCGGCCGUCGCUCAAGCAGCUUUUCGAAUGCGUAUCAAAGGGGAAAUGGUAGUCUCGUCUCCUUUGCGUCCAGUGCCGCUGAGACGGCCUCAAGUCCUCCUACCAGCGCCAGGGACAGCGAAGAAAACACCCACGCUCAAGUGACAAGGGAUCUCAAAGCGAAACCUUCCACGAACGCAUUUCGCUCCUUUGGCAAGCGAAUGUUCAACAGAUCCGCCAUCGUGUCGCAGCGCUCGGCCUCUUCGGACUCUUCAGCAGACACCUGCCAAAGUUCUCCUCCAUUGACUCCUACAACGCCCCCGAGAGUGGCCCAGCACGGCCUGGCCAGCAAAAGCACCAUGGACAUUAUGCCUCAGUUGCCUGAGGUACCCGCCCUUUCUUUCAUGUCUCAGCAGCAGAAAACGAGUGUAUCAGCGCUGCCGUCCUUGGGAAGCUUCGCAUGGGACAUUGAUCCGAUGCGCAGUCCACCUCGCCGCCAGUCGAACAGCCUGUCUUCGACGUACUCAUCAGCUGAAUCCGGACCUGGCUCGUCGAGCUGGGCUGACUCGACAGCCCUGUCUUUGAUUGAGAUUUCUGGGCCUCUCAAGCCUGCAGCCGCUCAACGCUCUCCACCAAGAUCGACACUUACUGUCAGUCCUGUUGAACGGUCGAGCGAAAUGCAGAGAGAUUCUGCACCUCAGCUGCACUCCAAAGUUUCAAAGCGCGCCUCGGCGUUCAUGGAAGAAGACUCUGACAUGCUGCGUGCAGUCUUGAACUUUGGCCUGACGGACCUGGCAGCGUCGAGUGGACCAGGUGGCGCACCAUCGCCAUCUCUGCCUCCAAGAAUGGGAUCGAUGAUCAGCUUGAAGGGAGCUGAUUCGGUCCAGGCCUCUCGCUCGAUGAUCGUUUCCGAAGCCAGGCAACCCGGUGCCAAGCGCCUGACCGCUGCCCAAGCCAAGAGAAUGGAGGCGGAAGCUGCACUCAAGGACAGUCUUUGGAAGCCUAUCUAUGGGCGAGGCGUAGCACGCUCUGAUCUCUUCAGACGCGACGAUAAUGACGCCGACUCGGAGGAUGAAUACGGGGACGAGUCAGACGACAGGCUUGCGUCAGAGGCCCUCUUCGAUUCGCCGAGCUCGUCGCCGCUCGCUAGGGCGAGCCCGUUGCCUAGUGGCGGUGCUGCGAGCGUAUCUGCCAAAACCGCUUUUGGUCGCCUCAGGCCCCCUCCAUCUGCGAGGUCUACGGCUGCUGCCGCUGACAGUGACGAAGAAGCAUCUGAUGCUUUCCAAGACGCUCGCUCCACAGCUUACGACUCUGCUACUUCUUCGCCAGAGGUCAUCACAGUGCCCUUGCCCACACAGCCUGUCGCACGUGCAGAAAGCCCUCGACCUGUAGCAAUCGGAUUGGACACACCAGCAAAGAGAGCUUUGUACACGUGCACCCUUCUGAAGGUGCAUCCACAACUGGCUAGCGCUUUCACAGCUACGCCGGACGGACAGACUCUACUUCCUGGUGCAGCACAGAUCUUGCAGGCAAAGCCGCCAUCAGAGUUGCGCUUCCCCCGUUCAAUCAACAAAGUGAACGUGCUGGAUGCUCAUCCGUCGACCCUGGGUCUCAACCGAGAUCUCGGGACUGCAGUGGCCAGAUCAGCGGUGAUGCGAAAGUUGCGUCGAGAGAAGCUGCCAAUUCAUCAAGAAGUGGAGCUGUCGUGGUUCAUGCGCCGUUACGGCACAGAGUGCAUUUCUCCUGAGCUGAUCGUCGCAGGGCUCGCUCAGAGGCCAAAUGUCAGUCCUGAAGCGUUGGCCACCCCACCGAUGGUCAACCGCGCGUCUGCAGAUGGCUCGUCGACAUCGCACGCAGAUUCUAAUGGCGCCAACAGUCUCCAGCCACAAAUGCAAGCUGUUGAGCAGGAGUGCAACGGCAUGCUGAGGUGGAUUAAGCGAUCAGGCUUUGCAGAUCGCAUGGAGCUAAUCAUGGCAGAGGCGCUUUACGGUCCAAGCGAGCUCGAUCAAGCACUGCAAGUGUCCUCGUUUGCUGUCGGCGAGCGCGUCGAGGUUCCAGGAAUCACCGCUGCACGCGCAAAGAUGGUCGAGCCAUCUCCUCUAAGCUUCUCGCCACGCGCUCGCGUGCUUGCAGGCUUAACGCCCCGAGACCCUACGACGGUGCUCCCGACGCCUCGCUCUUUCCGUAAGCGCGAGUCGCGAGCGGUCAUCCGCCAACAAAACGUCAGCGAGCCAGUCCACAGUCAAGGCACCAAGGGCAAGGUCCGUUCACGAUCGAGCUCACAAGGUCGCAGCCCUCCACCAUGGAUCGCUCCUCGCCAGCUGAACUCAAAGCGAUCGAGCACCCUCCCCGCAGAAGAGACUGCUCCACAGUCUAUGUCUCCGCAGAAGGCAUCUGUCGAAGUCCGCUCUCCCAGUCGCACAUCUCUUCUGCCCACGUCACCUUCAGUCAGAAGAGUGACUAGUUCCAGUGCUAUCUCGGUAUCACCGUCUCUCCGAGAAGAAGACGAAGCGGCGAUCGCGAACUCGAGCGAUGAGGAAGAUUUGCCUCUCGGCGUUCUGCUGUCCCAGAAGAGAGCACGAGAAGCGGAACGCACACGCAUAGCCAAGCUCGAGGCGGAAGUGCAAGAGUUGCGCAAUCGAGAGAAGUCGAGAAGUUUGCAGCUGAAGCGCGAGCAGGAGAGGCAAAAGGCGAAAGAGGCUGAGCGCUUGCAAGAAGACCAAAAGAAAGCGCUUCGCGAUGCUAGGGAGCGACGCAAGGUCACCGCACAUACCUCGGUGCUGCACAGCCCGAACUACGGUGCAGGUGACGCUUCCAUGACUACUAGUCCGAGCGCUCGUCUCUCGCCUUCUGCUCUCUCUACCUCUGCCACCGCUGCGAACAUCAAUCAGAUGUCUACGCCGAAGCAGGCCGGGCGGUCGUCCACCGUCUUGCCAUCUCCUUCAAUGAGCAGCAUCGGUGGGCAAAAUCGCUCAUCGAUGAUGCCACCCGCUCACUUGGCGGACCCUCGGCGCGGCAGCAUUCAGCGUACCGAGCAGCCCCUUCACGCAAUGUCUGGCAUCCAGCCUCACCAAGGUUACUUGAUGGCAAGUCCAUUCACACCAGAGCAGAUGCAUCACCGUGCCUUCUUCUUGCCAACUUCUGCGUCUGGAGGCUACUUCGUACCUCAUCAACAUAUGCAACAGAGCUUCUCCACAACUCAUUCUCCGUCAUACCAUUCGGGAAUGCCUCUGCCCUUGGGAGCACCUUUUGCUUCGCCGCCCGCGCAGCAAGCACAACCGCGCAGGUCAAGCUCUAGGAUGGCCGCUCCCCAACCGCACCAUCGAUCUCCACUGUCUCCUGAGUCUACACCGCGUCGGCAACACAGCGCUUGGAUCUAA